AUGGCUACUCAGGCUUACAGAGGCAGUGUGAAACCCUUUGUGCACUUCAAUGCCAAGCAGGAUGCCGAUAUCUUACGAAAAGCCAUGAAAGGAAUCGGCACUGAUGAAGACACCAUCCUCAUGCUCUUACCCGCCCGGAACAAUGACCAGAGACAAGAGAUCAAGGCGGCGUAUAAGAAAGCGCAUGGCAAAGACCUGGUGAAAGAACUGAAGUCAGAGCUGGGAGGGAAGUUAGAGGACCUGAUCAUGGCUCUGAUGUAUCCCCCUCGUGUGUAUGAUGCAGAUCUGCUCCAUAAGGCCAUCAAGGGAGCAGGUACUGAUGAUAAAGUUCUGAUCGAGAUCCUGGCCUCCAGAACACCUGAGCAGAUGAAGGAGAUCAUCAAGAUAUACAAAAAAGAGCAUGGAGGCAAGCUGGAGAAGGACAUCAUGGGAGAUACGUCUGGACAUUACCAGAGGUUGCUGCUUAUGCUUUUACAGGGAGAGAGGGAGGAGGGAGUGGAUGAAAGCCGAGUAGAGAAAGACGCCAAGGAAUUGUUUGCCGCCGGUGCGAAGAAAGCUGGCACAGAUGAAGAAAAGUUCGUCCAGAUCCUGGGCAAGAGGAGCAUCGAGCACCUGAGGCAAGUGUUCGAUGUGUAUAAAAAGAUAGCCGGUUGUGACAUCGAAGAAAGCGUUUGCGGGGAGUUUACUGGCAACCUUGAGGCAUUGCUCAUAGCAGUGGUGAAAUGUGUGAAAAGUGUCCCAGGAUAUUUUGCUUACUGCCUACGUGACUCUAUGAGGCGUGCCGGCACUGAUGACGAGACUCUGAUCAGGAUCUUGGUGUCCAGGAGUGAGGAGGACAUGCUGGACAUCAGAGCCCAGUACAAGAAGAUGUAUGGAGAAUCAUUGUACCGUACCAUACAGGAUGACACUGAUGGAGAUUAUGGAAAAGCCCUGCUAUACCUCUGUGGUGGAGAUGAUUAAUUCUCACUUUUAUUUAUUAACAUAUGGUUUGCUUAGAUCUGCUCAUUAUUCCUAUUUAUCAUCUCUGUCAUUCUUAGCCAUAGGUAAACUAUUUUAUA